AAUUGAACAGCUGUGCUGGCAACUUUCCAUCUACGAAAAUUUGGGUAUAUAAGACCCGGCGCGAUAUGGGAAAGGCAUCAAAGAGUUUCAUUGCUGGAAAUAACAAAAUGCGCGCUUCUAUCUUCAUUGUUCUGCUUGUCUUGGUCGCUGUGGCCGCUGCUAGACGUCCUGGAGGAGGCCAAGGAGGUCCUGGCGGUCAGCAGGGCGGUCAGCAGGGUGGUCCCCAAGGAGGACCUCAAGGCGGUCCUCAAGGCGGUCCUCAAGGCGGUCCUCAAGGUGGUCCUCAGGGUGGUCCUCAGGGUGGUCCUCAGGGUGGUCUUUCCAACUCCACUUCUACCACAACGGAAGCUGGCGAUGUUUCCACCACCACAGAAGCUGACGCAGAGGCAUCUACGGAUGCAACCACAGCAUCCGAAUAA